CGCGACCAGUGGAUGUCGGAGAGCAGAGAAGUGAACCAGCACCCAGUACAUGUAUACAGCUACGACACUGGAAUGUCUCGGUGUCUGGAUAUUACGAUUCAAGGUUUCCACUAAAAGCUGUGACGCUCUUUCAGGCCACGCGAACCUUCCUGGCAUUUAUCUUGUCUGCUGGUGUAAUGGCGAGUGGUCAGGGGAGUAAAGCCCGAAUUGUUUUACAGCAAUGUUUAUCUGCACGUUUACAAGUUCAACCUGCCACAGAGGAUACUGAAGCAAAAUAUGUUGAGAUUGGAAAAGGACUUGUCAUGUAUGUGUGUUUCCUGAAAGGAGCUACAGCUGAUAUCCUUGAUAAAAUGGUGAAGUGUGUGCUGUCUGCCCAGUUGAGUGAGACUGGUGAAGGGAAGCGUGUUUCUGUGUUGGAGCUCCCAGGGAAUGUCCUCAUCAUUCCACAGGCUACACUUGGUGGAUCUCUGAAGGGCAAGAGAAUGCAGUAUCAUAGAAACAUAGACAAAGGGGAGGGAGCAUCUUUGUACGCAGAUUUUGUGUCUCUGUGUCGGACUGCCCUACAGGAGACUGUUUGUUCACAGGAGGCUGGAUGUGUCGUCCAGGCAGGUACCUAUGGGAACAGACAGGUGUUUUCAUGUGAUACCAAUGGUCCAUAUACACAUUUACUGGAGUUUUGACAGUCACUGCCAGUUCAGGUUCUUGAUUUACAAAAACAUUGUCGUUGUUUUUAUGGAAAAUAUAUGAGUUGGUGCAUAGAAUAUCCUUUCUCACUGAAUGACAACAAAUCUUGAUAUCAUUCCUUUUUUACUUAAUGACCAUGGAAAGUUGACUGCUGUAAACUGGGAUAUCUGCACUUUAAUGAGGAGUUAGCUUAUCCUGCAGCUUCAAUGCCAUCUUCCCGAGGCAAGAGAGUUAACUGACUUUAAAAGUCCAGUUUCCACCCUUGCAGAACUAGGCUUGAAUUCCUGGACUUGAUCGUAACGGCACCAGUGGCUAUUACGAGUUAUGUCCCUAC